AUGCCUGCCAAUAACACCACUUUUUGCAUAUCCCAAGAUUUAGAGAUCCCAUUAAGAAUAAAAAUUGGCUCCUUACAAGGACAAAAACCAUUAUUAAAGGCAUCUCAACGGUUUCUAAACCCAACUUUGACCCAAAAAGGUUCAAAUAUGUUCCCAAAUAGCGAUUUCAUAGUAUCAAUACAAGUCAUUGAUCAAGAAAGAGAUAGAAAUUUAACAAUACCAAUAUUUACACCAUAUAUACCAUUUAAACAUGCAAGGAAAUGGGACCAUUGGUUAACUUUACCCAUUCAAAUUAAACAAUUACAUGUAUCUAAUAAACUGAAGAUAACUAUCUGGGAAUAUGAUGGGUUUAAACGAAUACCUUUUUUUCAGCUGGAAACUUACAUUUAUGACUCCAAUGAUUUCCAAUUAAAACGUGGUAAAGAAUCUUUAAUGUUUAAAUACGUCAAUAAGGAUGAUGAUUACGAUUUAGAUGAGGUGCACAUUAUUGAAAAUGAUCCUAUUCAAUGCAAUUUAAAUAAAUAUUAUCAAGGUGAAAUAAAAAAAGUAGAUUGGUUGGAUAAGAUUACCAUUCCGAAAUUAGAAUCUUUACAAGAAUCUAAGAAAUUACCCCUUGGGACCUUUGUAUUGAAUAUUGAGUUCCCAAUUUUUGAAAUGCCAGUCAUUUUCGUUGAAAAGUCAUUGAAUGAUACUCAAAACCAAAUACCUACAUUACAUAAUUUUGAAUUGACAAAUAAUAUGUUGCCCUUAAACAAUACUGCUUCUAUUGUGAGGAAUAAUAACAAUAAUAUCAGUAAUGGGGGAAUAGAUUCAAAUCAUAAUAAGACUGAUGCCAGAUUGAAAAUUUCAUUAGGUGAUAAAUAUAAUUCAACUUUGAAGAUUUAUGAUCCUGAUCAAUUUAGUCUAGAUCCCAUUGAAGAGAAAUUCAGAAGGUUGGAAAGAGCUGCUAAACACUCUAAUUUAGAUAGACAAGUGAAGCCGAAUGCCAAAAAAAGAGAUUAUUUAAAUAAAAUUAUUAAUUAUCCACCAGGAACAAAAUUAACCGCACAUGAAAAGGGUUCCAUUUGGAAAUACAGAUAUUAUCUUAUGAAUAAUAAGAAGGCGUUGACCAAAUUAUUGCAAAGUACAAAUUUAGCAGAAGAAUCAGAAAGAGGGGAAGUCUUGGAAUUAAUGGAUUCAUGGGCGGAAAUUGAUAUUGACGAUGCCAUCGAACUUUUAGGUUCGAAGUUCAAGAACCUUUCAGUGCGGUCAUAUGCUGUUAACAGAUUAAAGAAAGCUGCUGAUAGUGAACUAGAAUUAUACCUUCUUCAAUUGGUGCAAGCUGUUUGUUUUGAAAAUGUCACAAUUUUUACUGACAAGACUAACAGUGAAUUCACAAUAGUCGAUAUGAAUGCUACUGGUUCUCUUGAUGCAACUACGAAUUCUAUUAAAAACAUACAUCCAAACCAACGGACAAUGCAACAGCAACAGCAUAAUAUUAAGAAGAGUCUUAUGAAGCCAAUUAAAGAGAACGGUACAUCGUUGGAAGAGACACCUAUUGUUAUAUCUCCAUUGGCUGAGUUUUUAAUACGGAGGGCUUUGAAAAAUAGAAGAUUGGGGAAUUUUUUCUAUUGGUACUUAAAGGCAGAAUCACAAGACAAUCCAUAUUUAAACCAGAUUCUUGAUUCAUAUUGGGGUAGGUUAUCCAAAGAGCAUAAGAAAAUCUUGAAAGAUGAAAUUCUUUUUGAUAAUUGUUUACAUUCUAUUUGUGAAGAGAUUAAAAAUUUAAGAGAUACAAUAACCAAAAAGGUAGAACUUUUGAAUCAUCUGUUAAUAACAAAAUUAAGACAUAUAUUGAAAAGCAAAACAAUUUAUUUACCACUGGAUCCCAAUAUUCAAAUAAUUGAUGUGAUACCAGAAAGUUCUAAAGUUUUCAAAAGUUCUCUUUCCCCUUUAAAGAUAACCUUUAAGACAGCAGAUAAUUCAAUAUAUGCAUUAAUGUAUAAAGUUGGAGAUGACUUACGACAGGAUCAACUAGUCGUUCAGAUUAUUUCCCUAAUGAAUGAAUUAUUAAAGAAUGAAAAUGUUGAUUUGAAAUUGACGCCUUAUAAAAUUUUAGCUACCGGUCCACAAGAGGGGGCUAUUCAAUUUAUCCCCAAUGAUACCAUGGCAGAUAUAUUGAGUAAAUAUCAUGGAAUUCUUCCAUUCUUAAAAGGUCAUUAUCCAGAUAGUUCACAAGAAUCAGGUGUUCAGGAUUGGGUCAUGGACAAUUUCGUUAAAUCCUGCGCAGGUUAUUGUGUCAUUACAUAUAUCUUAGGAGUUGGUGAUAGACAUCUUGAUAAUUUAUUAAUAACUCCUGAAGGGUAUUUUUUCCAUGCGGAUUUUGGAUAUAUCUUGGGUCAAGACCCUAAACCAUUCCCACCUUUAAUGAAAUUACCCCCACAGAUCGUCGAAGCCUUUGGUGGAGCUGAAUCAUCCAAUUAUAAUAAAUUUAGAAGUUAUUGUUUUGUUGCAUAUUCUAUUUUGAGACGUAAUGCAGGUUUGAUUUUGAAUUUAUUUGAAUUAAUGAAAAUGUCAAAUAUACCAGAUAUCCGUAUAGAUCCAAACGGUGCGAUAUUGAAAGUUCAAGAAAGAUUUAAUUUAGAUAUGUCUGAGGAAGACGCCACGAUACAUUUCCAAACAUUAAUAAAUGGUAGUUUGAAUGCAUUGUUGCCUAUUGUCAUUGAUCAUCUACACAAUUUGGCUCAAUACUGGCGUGCUUAA